AUGGUUUACCCCUUACUCCUUUGCCUCCUGCUUGCUCAGCUGGGGUUGGGAGCUGCCGCUUCCAGCCGUGACCCACCAGGGCGCCUGGAGCCCCACAGAGAGAGGAACCUUAGAGGCAAGCAGCAUGGCCAUCAGUCCGCCCAAGCCUCAGACUCUUCGACUCUCUGGAGCCGGUCCAUCGACAGCACCAUCUUGGCGCAGAAACUCUCCGAGGAGGUGCCCACGGACGUGGCCUCUUACCUCUACACUGGGGACUCCCAUGAGCUGAAGCGAUCCAAUUGCUCCAGCCGCUUGGAGCUGGCAGCCGGCCUGCCGGGGAAGUCCCCCGCCAUGGUCAGCUUGCACCCCUCCUUGCACGGGGCGAUGGACACGCUUAUCUACGCCACCAACUUCCUCAACAUGAUCAAUAAGUCACUAGAGCAGAACUUGCAGGACGACCUGGAGUGGUACCAGGCGCUGAUCCGGAGCAUCUUUGAAGAUGAGCCCAGCAUCUCACGGGCAGCCAUUACUUUUAGCACCGAGUCACUAUCCUCUUCAGCCCCUCAGGUCUUCCUUCAGGCCACUCGCGGGGACAGUCGUAUCCUCCUACAGAACCUGUCCUCCUCUGCUCACCAUUUGGCCAACGCCACCCUGGAGACCGAAUGGUUUCACGGCCUGAGGCGCAAAUGGAGGCCCCAUUUACACCGCAGAGGCUCCAACCAGGGGGCCCGGGGUCUGGGCCAUAGCUGGAGGAUCCGGGACAGCUCAGGGGGGGAAAAGAACCAGAUCAGGUGGUCUCUGCCGUACCUGGAGUGCGAGAACGGAAGUUACAAACCUGGUUGGUUGGUCACUCUCUCCGCCGCUUUCUACCGGUUUCAGCCUAACGUGGUUCCCGAAUUCAGAGGUGUCAUAAAAGUUGACAUAAAUCUUCAGAAGGUAGACAUUGACCAGUGUUCAAGCGAUGGCUGGUUUUCAGGAACUCACAAAUGCCAUCUGAACAAUUCAGAGUGCAUACCAAUUAAAGGCCUUGGAUUUGUGCUUGGAGCCUAUAAGUGCCAUUGCAAAGCAGGAUUCUAUCAUCCCCGUGUCUUUUCAGUGAACAGCUUUCAGAAUCACCAUUUUGCUGGGGAUGAGAAGCUGGAGGAAGUUCAUGUUUGCUUGCCAUGCAGGGAAGGCUGUUCCUUUUGUGCUGAUGACAGACCCUGCUCUGCCCAAGAGGACAAGUAUUUACGGCUGGCCAUUAUCUCCUUCCAAAUCCUGUGUAUGCUGCUUGAUUUCAUUAGCAUGUUGGUUGUCUACCACUUUCGCAAGGCAAAGAGCAUCAGAGCAUCAGGACUGAUCCUAUUGGAAACAAUUCUUUUUGGUUCUCUGCUACUAUACUUUCCGGUUAUCAUUUUGUAUUUUGAGCCAAGCACAUUUCGCUGCAUCCUUCUAAGAUGGGUUCGUCUUCUGGGUUUUGCUACUGUUUAUGGAACUGUGACUCUCAAACUUCACAGGGUUUUGAAGGUUUUCCUUUCACGGACAGCUCAACGUAUCCCCUAUAUGACUGGCGGCCGGGUCAUGAGAAUGCUGGCAGUAAUUCUCCUGAUAGUAUUUUGGUUUCUCGUUGGUUGGACUUCAGCUGUCUGCCAAAAUUUGGAGAGGCACAUCUCACUCAUCGGACAGGGGCGAACAUCAGACCACCUCAUCUUUAACAUGUGCCUCAUAGACCGCUGGGAUUACAUGACAGCAAUUGCUGAAUUUUUAUUCCUUUUGUGGGGUGUUUAUCUCUGCUAUGCAGUUCGGACAGUCCCAUCAGCAUUUCAUGAGCCACGUUAUAUGGCUGUUGCAGUUCACAAUGAGCUCAUUAUCUCUGCUAUAUUCCAUACAAUUAGAUUUGUUCUUGCUUCAAAACUUCAGUCUGACUGGAUGCUGAUGCUAUAUUUUGCACAUACCCAUUUGACUGUGACAGUCACCAUUGGGUUACUUUUGAUUCCAAAGUUUUCACAUUCAAGCAAUAAUCCAAGAGAUGAUAUAGCAACAGAAGCAUAUGAAGAUGAACUUGACAUGGGCCGGUCAGGAUCGUACCUGAACAGCAGUAUCAAUUCAGCUUGGAGUGAGCACAGUUUGGACCCUGAGGAUAUUCGGGAUGAGCUAAAGAAACUCUAUGCUCAGCUGGAAAUCUAUAAAAGGAAGAAGAUGAUCACAAAUAAUCCACACCUCCAGAAAAAGCGGUGCUCAAAAAAGGGCCUUGGCCGUUCCAUCAUGAGGCGCAUUACCGAGAUCCCGGAAACAGUCAGCAGACAGUGCUCUAAGGAGGAUAAGGAGGUCACGGACCACAACGCAACCAAAAAUGCCGUCAUUGUGAGGAAAAACCCCCAAGAGUCGUCCAGUGGCAUUGUAAAGGCAAAGGAAGAGUCUCUGAAAAACCGGGUCUUCUCCUUAAAAAAGUCCCACAGUACUUAUGAUCAUGUUAGAGACCAGUCAGAAGAGUCCAAUAGCAUCCCAACAGAAAACGAAGUAGAGACCACAGAGAACUCUCUACUGGACUCCCUUCCAGGUAAAAAAAUCAACAAGAGGGUUACAGAAAACAUGGAGGCUUCAUCCACUGAGUCAGUCCCUUUGGUGUGUAAAUCAGCAAGUGCUCACAACCUCAGCUCAGAAAAGAAGCCCGGACAUCCGAGAACAUCUGUGUUACAAAAGUCACUCAGUGUUAUAGCAAGUGCCAAGGAGAAGACUCUUAGUUUGACUGGGAAAACAUCAAUUCAAGGCCUAGAGGAAAAUGAUAAAUCCCCCAAACCACCACUCAAAGGCAAAGAGUUCAACCAAAAACAUUCCAACCCUGAUAAAAUGGAGACUAAAGAUUCUGCCUGGAAAAAUCCCACUCAUUCUGAAGAACUAAGGAAACCCCCAAAAUCUGGAAUUAUGAAACAACAGCGGGUGAGUGCACCCACUGCCAAUUCUGAAAUAGGCCUAGGCUUGCUAAAGGAUAACUUCGACAUUGGGGAAGUAUGUCCUUGGGAGGUUUAUGACUUGACACCAGGUCCUGUGCCUUCAGAAUCGAAAGUUCAGAAACAUGUGUCUAUUGCAGCUUCUGAAAUGGAGAAAAACAUCCCUCCCCAUCCAAAGGAGAAAUCUCAGCACAAGCCUAAACUCAAUGAAGGCUAUCAGCAAUCCAAUCAAAAAAGUGUUGACAAGGCUGAAGUGUGCCCUUGGGAGAGCCCAGAACAGUAUGUUUUUGAAGAAGAAAAACAGCAUUUGAAUGCUAAGACUCACUUUCUCCCUGGGGGUGGGAAAGGUGAAAAUGGCGGUCAACAUCCUUCAGCCAAGGUUUGUGUGGGUCAAUAUGAUGAACUGCCUUCAAACGUUGUAGCAUCAAAAGCAGAGCAAGAAAAUACCAACCAAAUAGGAGACCAGAAAAAAACUCCAUCUUUCUCUGAGGGAAACAUGCUUUCAUCUGCCUCCUUUAACUCAAGUAAUAACUUUCAGCAGCCUUUAACAUCCAGAGCCGAGGUGUGUCCCUGGGAGUAUGCGACCCCAGGCUUACCAAAUGCUGAGAGAAAUGUAGCCACGUUGGCCUCUUCUGCUUUAAGUGAAAAUAACACACCAACACCCCGCAAAUAA